AUGGACGACCGCCGAUCAAAUUCGUCUGGCGAACGCGACAAAGCGUACCGAAGACUGAGGUUGGAAUGGUAACGUGCCAAGUUUCCAGUCUUCAUUAUAGCCCGUUUUUAGUUCGCGAAGGAAAGCGCGCACUGUGUUCAGCGACCAGCAAUUGCAAGGUUUGGAACGGAGAUUCGAGUCGCAAAGGUAACCAAUCAGAAAAGAAACCGCCGCGGAACAGAGCUCUCUUUCAGGUACUUGAGCACUCCCGAGAGAAUCGAACUGGCGAACGCACUGAAUUUGAGCGAAACGCAAGUAAGACGUGGUUCCAGAACAGACGAAUGA